AUGCCCCCCGCUGGGGGAUUUGAAUCUAUCAAGUACAAACGCAACCUGCCCUUCCGGGGGCCGGGGGCAUAUGCUAUUCUCGGGGGGGUGACGGCUAUUUGUGCAUACGGAUUCUAUCGACUGGGAAAGGGGAACCUGGAACGACGGCCGAAACUGGAAGCUGAGCCAAGUGAUGACAGGGAGCUGGAGCGCGAAAAGAUGUGGUCGCGCAUCCACCUAGUGCCUCUGCUGACCGCUGAGGGGGACCGCGACCAAUACCGACGGGAACAAGCAGCACUUGCUCGGGAGCGGGAGAUCAUGAAGGACGUUGCUGGCUGGGAGGUCAGUGCGCGCGGCAAAGGAAAGUGGGUGAUGCUGACCAAUCCUGCAGGCGGGGAAAAGCGUAUACCACAACCCGAAAUACGAGACACGGGAGAUAGUAGUCCUCUGAGUAGACUAGUGUAUAAUGAACCAGUUUGUUUCUUUCUAUGA